AUGGCCAGGAAAGAAAACGUUGAGUCUCUAGAUUUACUACUUAGAGAUUUGUGUGAUGAAAACCAACUCUUCGGAGGUAAGCUUGUUGUUUUUGGGGGAGAUUUCCGUCAAGUUCUUCCUGUCCUUCCCCACAGAACACAACGAGAAGCAGUUGGUGUGAGCUUGGUCAGUUCUGUACUGUGGCCUAAGUUAACAAAGUUCCGUCUCACAGAAAACAUACGGGCCCGAGAAGAUCCCCAGUUUUCAGCAUUCUUGCUUGCUUUGGGAAAUGGAGAACUACAGACUGCUGAAAAUAACUACGUACAGUUACCAAGUGAAGUGCUAAAGCCUUUGGAGGAUGGCAGGGACCCAAUAACAGACCUGACCUCACUUACAUUUCCCGAGUUAGACCUUCGCAACUUUAGCUCAGACAUAUUUACAACAAGAGCAAUACUCACUCCAAUGAAUGAUGAUGUUGAUUCCAUAAACACGGAGCUGAUAAAGAAAUUCCCAGGGCAACCAGUUAUGUAUAAAAAAUUCAUCAACACAUUGUGUCCUGGUGGGAUGAUCCCUCAUGAGCUCGUCCUAAAGGAGGACAGUCCAGUUAUUUUGCUUCGGAAUAUUUUGCCAUCGUCCGGCUUGUGCAAUGGUACACGACUAAUCUGCAAGGGGUUUUCCCCCAACCUCAUUGAGUGUGUUAUUAUAACUGGCCACCACAAAGGGAAGCAUGUCUUCAUACCACGUGUAAAACAAAGGCCUUCACCCUCCUCUAAAUAUCCAAUUUUCUUUCAAAGGAAACAGUUCCCUGUGAAACUCAGCUUCGCAAUGACAAUUAAUAAAUCUCAAGGCCAAACAUUAAGUCAGGUGGCUAUUUACCUGCCCCGCCCAUGUUUUUCACAUGGCCAGUUGUAUGUGGCCUUGUCCCGUGCAAGGCAAGCACGCCAGGUGACUGUCAUUUCACCUGACACUUCACAACGGCUAGCUGGAACACACGUUGAGAAUGUCAUAUCUUAUGAGGUCCUGCAGAUGGCUGGAAUUAUCUAG